AUGUCAGCAAAGAAUAGUCCACUUUGCAUAAGCAUCCUUGACUCAACUUCACAGGCAUCUUAACAAUCAGAUCUGGUAAUUGAAAAUGCUCCAGAUAAUAAAAAUCCCCCUCAUUAUCAGUAGAGAUUUGAAGAAACUAAAGAAUUGUUUUAAAAUGACAAUAAUAAACUCAACUUUGAUGAUUUUAUAUCAUUUCAAUCAUCUCCUGACUAAAAUAGCAAUAAAAGUAAAUUAACUUUUAAUGAAUUUUUAGGAAUAUUGAGAUCAAGCAAGUAGCUUUAAAAGACGUCUCCUAGCAUUAAGUAGUGCACUUUUGAUAAAACAGAUUAAGGCCGCAUUAGACGAAUACUUAGAAAUCAAUCAAAGCUAUUGAAUUAUAUGCAAGAGAAGGCGAAACCUAACAAUUGCCUGCAUGAGUAUUGUUCUUAAUGCAUUUUGGCUUGGACAAAAUUAUCCAAUCUUUGCCCUUUAUGCAAGAUUGAAAUUACAGAGCUUCAAUUGAUAGAUAAUGAAGGCAAAAUAUAAGAGAUCAUUAAAGUUUAAAAGAGACUAGAUGCCUUUGAAGAACUUCAUGACUUGGCUAUUUAAUUUGCUGAUUUUUGUUACGAAUGUUCCCAAGCUGAUAAUGAGUAGCUUUUACUUGUGUGUGAUUCAUGCAAUUAUAAUGUUUGUCACACUUACUGCUGCAACCUUGAUUCUAUUCCAGAAGAUAAUUGGUAUUGCAAAAAUUGCAUUGAAGAAGAGGAAGCUAGAGAAAGGCUUCUUAAAGAAAAAAGGAGAAAAAAUAAGCUUAGAAGAAAGAGAAAUAAGCAGUAAUAUCUAUAGAAUAACUCAACAAUAUUUAAUAACUAAACUUGGCCAAAGAGAAUUAAUACCUUAAAUUUCAAUACUAAUAAUAAUUAGAAAAGUAAUGAAGAUGAGUAAGAGGAUAUUACUUUACUUUUGCAGCAAAACAAUGAACUUUACAAUUAAAGUGAUGAAGAUGAAAGUAGCUCAAUUCAUAAAUUAAAUAGAAAUAGAAAAAACAAAAGCUGCAACAAUAGGUCACUUCUUGGAAAAAGAAUAAACGGAAUAAGCUCAACAAGUGAUAAGUUCCUAAAUUUAGAUUUCUAACGGAAUGACAAAUUUUACCAAGAUGGCUAAAGAAAUUAUUUGGAUUCUGAACAUCAUCAGGAAAACGAUAAUGUAAUUAGCAAUAAUAUUUUUGAAAGCUCUGGGAUAAAUUAAGUCAUUGAUUUAGGCAAUAAAGUUGAUGAUUUUAAAUCAUAAGAUGGUAAAAAUAAUUUAUUACCUGAGAAUUAUCGUGGAAAUAGUCCUUUAAAUGAUUCAAAAAAUAGUCUUUCACAAUCUGUAAUUGAAAUUACUGAAUAGGAACUCAUUCUAGAUUAGAAUUUAAAUUUUGGAGUUUAAAAUGUUAAAAUUAGCAAAUCUUCUCUCAGUGAGUGCAUAAAAAAACUUAAAAGAAGACAAGAUACUUCAAAUUAAAGUAGUCUUAACAUUUUGGAAAAUUCUCAAUAGAGUGAAAGAUAUAGAAAUUUUUUUAACAAAAAAAAGAAUAUAACAGAAAAUCAUCAUCUUUCAACCAGUAAUUUGCAAUUAAGGUACAACUUUGGUACUAAAACAUCAAAUUAAUAAUAAUGA